AUAAAAAAAAAAAAAAGCUGGUGUGGAGAAAAACCCAAACAAAUUUGCAAAACUUAAAACCACCAAAAUAUAUGUGGCUCCCAAACUACCUUGCAAUCACUCCUAAGGCUGUCCUUCAUACACCUAUACAUUACCCCUUCUUUAACUUCAAAAUCAUAGCCUUACAAACACCAAUUUCUAAACAAUCUACACACAACACACAAGGAGCUUCCUAAACCACUACACAUUCUAGCAUUAAAGCAAUGGCUAUGACAACUUCUUUGAUUCCGGCAACCGGAUUCAAGAACGCCGGUGUCGGAUGCUCCUUCGCCUCUGGUGAGAACUAUGGCAUGUUAGUGAAAUCGGUGUCAAGUCAGGUUCGGUUUCCAAGUCGUCCAACACGAGCUCAACCCAUGAUGAAGAAUGUCAAUGAAGGAAAAGGUCUCUUUGCUCCUCUUGUGGUUAUAACUAGGAACAUCAUUGGGAAAAAGAGGUUCAAUCAACUUAGAGGCAAAGCUAUUGCCCUCCAUUCCCAGGUGAUUACGGAGUUUUGCAAGUCAAUAGGAGCAGAUUCCAAGCAAAGACAAGGGUUGAUUCGAUUGGCGAAAAAGAAUGGAGAAAGAUUGGGAUUCCUGGCUUAAUUGAAAAAUGUGAUUGGAAAUUUGUUGAUCAAAACAGUUAGAUAAGUCAUUAGAGCAUGUUGAAACUUGGGUGUAUAAGCUUAUAUACAUUUAAUGGUAUAUACAUUCUAUUUUUGUAGAUUC